GCUAGUCUUAGCCCAUUUAGAAUAUGAACUGUUCUCUACUUUGACUUUCUUGCUUUGAAUAGAAUUAAUCCAUUUUUCUCUAGUAUCUGACAUUCUCUUUUGUGUUUUAUGUUCUUAGAAAACCAUAUGUACUUAUUUGAAGGUAAAGAUUAUUCCAAGGAGCCUAGUAAAGAAGAUAGAAAAUCAUUUGAGCAACUGGUGAACCUUCAGAAAAAGCGUUUGGAGAAAACUAUGCAAGAGGGCCGGCUACUCAGAAAUAAAAGCAGUGUUCUCCUCCCAGGCCUUGCGGAGGGGUCUACGAAAAGGAAGUGGAUUUGGAGCCCAGAGGAACUCGAGGACAGAAGGAAGAAGAGACAAGCAGCAGCAGCCAAGAGAAAGAGAUUAAUGGAGGAGAAGAAGAGGAAAAAGGAAGAAGCAGAACACGAGAAAAAGAUGGCCUGGUGGGAGUCCAACAAUUACCAGUCCUUCUGCCUGCCUUCUGAGGAGAGCGAACCAGAGGACAGGGAAGACGAGAGGUCUGCCCAGCUGGAUUAUGAAGAUCCAGAUUCAACUGCCAUCAAGUACGUUAGCGGUGAUGUCACCCACCCACAGGCUGGGGCAGAGGAUGCUGUCAUCGUGCACUGCCUAGAUGACUCUGGUCACUGGGGCCGAGGUGGUUUAUUCACAGCUUUGGAAACACGAUCCGAUGAACCAAGAAAAAUAUAUGAGCUGGCUGGGAAAAUGAAAGAUACCCAUACACAAAUGAAAGCCUGUUGGUGUGUCUUUUGGGACCUAACACCUACUCCAAAGGACCUGAGAGGAGGCUUGCCCACCACUGCCACCCAUGAGAUACAGACAAACCUCCAUACAGGCUACGGAGCCAGCACGACUGCCUACACCUCUCUUGCCACCGUCAGGGAAAAAUCGGAUGUGUGCUCACCGGGCAGGUACUCAUGGAUGAGACAGAACUUGCCGAAAUCCAGACUUCCUGUGGGGAGACUCCAGCACACCACUGGAGUAGGAAAAAUAGAAGUUGGUUACAGUGGAGGCGGUAAGAGACACUCUCCUGCUGCUGCCUCUUGCCCAAGGAAACACUGAAUGGACUGGUGUAUUUGGAGGAGGUGACCUGUGGGGGGAAAGGAAAGUGGUGAGUAAGCUCCUAGCUGUCCCAGUCGGAUGGAACACAGCUGGAGAAACCCAUUUUUCUCUGCCAGUACCCAGAGUACUAAGGUGGGAGUUCUGUGGCUGGGAGGAGGCAGAUCCAAAUUUCAAAUGGUGUCAAAGGGUUUGAGCUCAACGGGAAGUUCAUCCUCAGUCUCUCGAAGUACCACACUCAGGGAUUCCCUUACUGUGUCCACAGGCUCCCCCAAAACAGUGCUAAACCCACACUUCCACCGACUCUGCUGCCAGCUUUGAGCAGGCUCCCAAAUGCAUCUGUGAGAACGAGCUCUGGUAGACAGGGAGCACACUUGGAAAGUCAUUGGUCAAGGGGAAAAAAACCACAAAACUUAGCUAUAAAUAGUUCUUCUAGAAUGCUGUUUCCAAGAGGCAGCCUGGUGAAUUGUAACAUCCAGAGAUGACACAGAAGCUUAAAAAUUUGGCCCCAAGAGAGAGCAAGAAGAGUGGACAGGUAUACCUCACAAACAUGAGGAAUAACUCAGUAAUAAUAUACCACAGAACGUAAAACCAUCUGCUGAAAGCAGUUAGCACAGAAUUAAGGAGGUGUCUGCUACUUCAAAUGCAAAAGCAGCAGUACAUAACUACAAGGAAUGUGAAAAAUCAAGGAAAUAUGGCAUCACAGAAAGAAAAUGACACUUCUCUAGCAAACAAGCUCAAAGGCACAGAAUAUUGCAAUCUAACUGAUAAAGAAUUCAGAAUAGCAGUUAUGAAUAAACUCCAUGAGUUACAAGAAAAGUCAAAGGCAAUUCAUUGAAAUCAGGAAUAAAACAUAUGAACAAAAUGAGUUCUGUUCCGUAAAAGAGAACCAAACAAAUUCUGGAGCUGAAGAAUUUGUUUAAUGAGGUAAAGACUAUAGUAGAGAGCAGCUGUAGCAGGGCAGACCAGACAGAAGAAAACAUGACUCGGGGUAAAGGAAUUUUGGAAUAACACAGAAGAGAUGAAAGAAUAGAGAUUAAAUAAGAGCUAAGAAAGUACAUGAGCUAUGGGAUUGGAUAAAAAAAGACAACUAUCAGAGUAAGACAAGUAUCAGAAUAAGCAAGGCUUCCAGAAAAGGAAGAGAGGGAGAAGGGGACAGAGUUUAUUUAAAGAAAUGAUAGCUGAGAACUCAAACCUGGGGAAACUGGGACAUAUAAGUCCACAGAGCUAAUAGAUCACCCCAUUAUCUCAAUGCAGAAAGACCUUCCCCAAGACACAUUAUAAUGAAACUAAAAAAUCAAUGAUAAAGAAUCUUAAAAGAAGCCAGAGAGGGGAAAGAACAUAACCUAAAAAGGACCCUCACUAUGCUGACAGCAGAUUUCUCAGCAGCACCUACAGGCUAGAAGAGAGUGGAAUGACAUAUUCAGUGUCGGAAGAUAAAGACUGCCAACUAAGGCAGUCUACCAACUGUAUCUGGCCAUGUUAUCUUGCAGAU